UUCUAUAUAUUCAGUACAACAAACUGUAACCGACCUUUAGCUUUCCUACAAAAUACAAUCCUUUUAUACUUCCGUUCCGAGUUUAACAAAGAUCUUACUCUCUCUGUGUGAGGCAGGCAACUCACUGAUUACUGAUAUCAGAAGCCUCAUCUACUUAUGAGAAUCAAUGUACCGAAGUUCGCUACUAGAAUCAAGAAUUUGAAGCAGGCAGGCUGUCCCAUUUAUCUACAAUGCGUCUCAAUCUGCUCGCUGUAUUCUACAUUUUCUUCACCACAUUUAUCACAAGUAUUCCGGCUUUCGUCCUUGUGAAUGCGAUCCAAAACAAGGUUUUGAAUGUUGGUGAGGAACUGUGGAGGGAAACACUACCUUUACAGACCGGUUCACGCCUUUACCGGCUACAAGGACUUAAACCUCAUACAUGGUAUGAAGUGAAGAUAUCGUACCCGGCUUCGAUACCUGCUCGCUUUUCCUUGCAACUGAAGAGAGGCGAGUUGGACUUGUCGUUGAAUUUGAACAGAAGAUUGCUCAAUACGGAGAAGCUGAUUUUCAAGACAGAGAGUCUGGACUUGAGCAAUCAGGGUGGAAUGUAUGUCUUAGUAAAUGUGGAGCCUGAAGGGGUAGUUGCAAUGAGGAACGUAUCGGAGAGGCAGUUCAUCCUUUUCAAUAUAGUUUGUGAUGAGCUAUUAAUGGGGAUUCCAUACAAAGCUUGGUGGGUUGUAGUCUUGGUAUUGCUGUGUUUGGGUUUGGCAUUCAUCAUACCAUCAUUUCUUCCACCCUUUUUGCUACAGAAGUCUCAGAAUGCUUCCAAGGAUUCCUGAAAUCUGACUACGAAAAUAUUGCUGUGCAUCGCUCAGAUUUUUGUUGAGAAUCCAAGAAGCCAAGUACAGAAUGCUAGUUUUGAUCUAAAAUUUGCACACACUUUGAUGCAAAUGGGAAAAGCUGGUUUAGUGCAGAUGGUUAGUCAUUAUGUUACAUUGCACUUGAAACCAACAUUCGGACUGAUCUUCUGUGAAUUUUAGUUGAAAUUGAUUUGGAAUUGUGUUCUUUCUUUUUGGUUUUGUUUUUUUCCCCACUUUUCUCAUAGGGAGAACAUAUAAAGUACAUCAUGCCACAUGUAACUGAUUCUCGUUUCCUUGUAUGCCCACCAUAGAAAAUUAAACUUCCAUCUUUUGUUUGCUCC